CACAGCGGUGGUUGAAAUCGCCAAAGUUGGAAAUUCACUGUACAGAGAAGAAAUAAAGAAUAAAUUAGAGGAAUUCGGAUCCUUACCGGACCCGACCCGCCGUAGUUCUCAGGUCGACGGCGUUCAUCCUUUUCUGAUCACUGCUUCAGAAUCCUCCAACAUCUUUCCGCAAGUGGCAACUACGGUCGAGAUCUCACCUUCUUCAUCAAUGUUCUGGGUUGAAUGAACUAUGGGAGAACCCUCUCUUACCAAUGAGCAAUCAUCUCGCGUGGAACACUGUGAGAAUCGUAAAGAGGGAGAUGAAGAUGCUCCAAUUUCAGAGUUAGGUGGUCAUCAUGGAAGGAAGGAAUUUGUUGUACCUGCUGUUGGAAUGGAAUUUGAGUCUUACGAGGAUGCUUACAAUUACUAUAAUUGUUAUGCUAAGGAAGUUGGUUUUCGUGUUAGAGUGAAAAAUUCGUGGUUUAAGAGGAAUAGUAGAGAAAAGUAUGGUGCGGUACUCUGUUGCAGCAGCCAAGGUUUCAAAAGAAUUAAAGAUGUCAACCGAUUAAGAAAGGAUACGAGAACUGGUUGUCCUGCAAUGAUAAGGAUGAGGCUAAUGGACUCACAAAGAUGGAGGGUUCUUGAAGUUUCAACAGAGCAUAACCAUUUAUUAGGUUCUAAGAUAUACAAAUCGAUGAAGAAGAUGAAUGGUGGUGCUAAAAGGAAAAUACAAUUGAGCUCUGAUGCAGAUGAUCGAACUAUCAAAUUGUAUCGAGCGCUUGUGAUUGAUGCUGGUGGCAGUGGGACCUCAGAUUCUAGUGUAAAAAAGAUUAGGAUUUUUCCUGACCAUCCAGAUCAUUUGAACCUUAAAAAAGGUGAUUCACAAGCCAUUUAUAACUACCUAUGUCGCAUGCAGUUGACUAACCCGAACUUCUAUUACUUGAUGGAUCUCAAUGACGAAGGUCGCCUACGUAAUAUGAUUUGGGUUGAUGCACGAUCAAGAGCUGCAUGUGCUUUUUUUGGCGAUGUUGUCUGCUUGGACAAUUCAUAUUUGUCCAAUAAAUUUGAGAUUCCUCUUGUGGCAUUUGUUGGAAUAAAUCACCAUGGUCAGUCAGUGCUGCUUGGUUGUGGCCUCUUGGCUGGUGAGACAACAGAAUCUUAUACUUGGUUAUUUAGAGCUUGGCUGUCGUGUAUGUCGGGCCGCUCUCCUCAAACAAUUAUUACAGAUAGGUGCCAGCAUUUGCAAACUGCAAUUGCAGAGGUAUUCCCAAAGUCUCAACAUCGCUUUGGUUUGUCUUUUAUCAUGAAGAAAGUGCCUGAGAAGCUGGGAGGACUGCGGAAUUAUGAUGCCAUCAGAAAGGCAUUUAAUAAAGCAGUUUAUGAAACUCUGAAAGUGAUUGAAUUUGACUCUGCUUGGAGAUUCAUGAUCCAGCGAUUUGGAAUUGGCGAUCAUGAAUGGCUUAGAUCUGUAUUUGAAGACCGAGGUCGGUGGGCUCCUGUUUAUUUGAAAGACACAUUUUUUGCUGGGAUGUCUUCCAUGCGCCGAGGGGAGAAGCUAAAUCCCUUCUUUGAUAAGUAUGUCCACAAACAAACCCCAUUGAAGGAAUUUCUUGACAAGUACGAACUGGCUUUACAAAAGAAGCACAAGGAAGAGACCUCUGCCGAUAUGGAAUCAAGAAACUCUUCCCCCACUUUAAAAACGAGAUGUUCUUUUGAGUUGCAGCUCUCCAAAGUGUUUACAAGAGAAAUAUUCACAAAAUUCCAGUUUGAAGUUGAAGAAAUGUAUUCAUGCUUCAGCACAACGCAGCUACAAGUUGAUGGUCCGUUGGUCAUAUUCUUGGUGAAGGAACGUGUAGUGAGUGAUGGUAACAGAAGGGAGAUUCGAGAAUACGAGGUUCUUUAUAACAGAACAGCAGGUGAAGUUCGUUGUAUAUGCAGUUGCUUCAACUUCUAUGGAUAUCUAUGUCGCCAUGCGUUGUGUGUACUUAAUUUCAAUGGGGUCGAGGAGAUUCCUUCUAGGUACGUCUUAUCACGAUGGAAAAAGGAUUACAAGAGAUUGUAUGUUUCAGAUUAUGAAACCAAUAUUUCUGAUGACACCGAGCGCGUGCAAUGGUUCAAUCAGUUGUACAAAAGUGCCUUACAAGUUGUAGAAGAAGGUGCGAUUUCUCUUGAUCAUUACAAAGCUGCAUUGCAAGCUUUUGAGGAAUCAUUAAGUAAGGUUCACGAAGUAGAAAAGAAGCAUGAAUAACUCUGCUCGAAGGCUGAAGCUUGAUUGAAAUGACAUGCUCAUCUUGAUAGAUAUAGUUUUUUUGUUAUACCAUUUGAUAGGAAAUUUUUACUGUGAAUUAGUGUAAAGUCUUCUUCACUUUCUUUUUUUUCUUUUUUUUUUUUUUUUUUUUUUGUGAAUCUGGUGCCUGUUUAUCUCUUCUCCAUGAAAUUGGAGGUAUUAAAAGCAAGAAGAAUGGGGGAGAUUUAAUUUAAAGAGUUAUAGGAUAAGUAUUGAGAUUUUAUUUUUGAUCAAAAGGGAAGAGGGGAGAAAAUUGGGAAGUUGUGUGUCAUUGGAGGGGAAAUUUUUGUUCCUGGGUAUUGACAGCAAAAAUUCUAAUUUUAAUUAUCUUAAUUUGAAGACAAUGAGAUCCAACCGAUAAUAUCUCCUUCACCAAA